UUAAUUGAUAAUCGCCUUCGUCGUCCCCGGCACCAACAUAUUGACAUUGUUUUUUUUUUACGGCCAGAUUCCUCGAUUUUCGCCGUCCUCUCUGUACUUUCGAUAGAUUUGAAAUCCGUCCUCGUUGCGCCCUUGCUUACUUGCUUUAUUUUUAUUUUAUCUUUUGCCUUCUUCCUUUUUUUUUGUUGUUGUUGUUGGUGGUGGUGGUGGUGGUUCAAUUCGUUUCUUUUUUUUGUUACUGUUUGAUUCUCAAAUCUCUGCUCUACGCUUACUAUUUCAAUUCGAUUCUUCACCGGAACGAAGAAGAAGAGAAGCAUCACUGGAGGGGAAGAGGUUUAUGGUAGAAGAAUGAAUCAAGGAGGGAAUACUCAGACCGUGGCGCCACCACUUGACCCUAACUCCAUUGAGAACCGAUAUGGUGUUGAUGGAAGCCAAGUGCAGAUAUCUCCUUAUCAGUACUCAACUGUGUCUGACGGUGCCUCAUGGACUGCACCACCUAGGGUAGAAAAUCAGGUUGUGCAGAAUGGGAACUAUUCCAAUUCAAACUACUACCAUCCACAACAGCCUACAGUGCCACCAGCAACAGGGAAUGUGCAAGACACACCCAUUACUGCACCCUUCACUAGCUCAUCGACCACUGGAACUGCAAAUGUGGCUCAGGAUUAUAGUGGAUAUAACACGCCAUACCAGACUUCUUCUGAUCCACCCCAAAACUACUCAAACACGGGAUAUUCCAGUUACUACAGUGGCUACCAACAGCAGCAACCAAGUCAGUCAUAUCCUCCUCAGCCUGUAGGGGCGUCGUAUCAAAACACAGGUGCUCCUUAUCAGCCUAUUUCCUCAUUUCAGAAUCCAGGAUCUUAUGCUGGGACUCCAAGUUAUUCUGCAACUUACUACAAUCCUCCUGCUGAUUAUCAGACUACUGGAGGAGGUUACCAAACUACAAAUUAUAACAACCAAACAGGUGGUGGUUACCAAAGUGCAAACUACAGCAAUCAGACUCCUACAUCAAACCAGGGAAACUAUUCAACAAACCCUUAUCAAAAUUAUACUCCUGACGCUGCUGCUAGCACUCAUACCUCCACUGUUGCAAGUGCAACCACCACACCUGUACAUUAUCAACAGAACUACCAACAGUGGUCAGAUUAUUACAGUCAAACAGAAGUCCCAUGUGCCCCCGGAACAGAAAAAUUGCCUGCCACUAGUGCACUUAGUCAGAGCUUUCCAGUUUCUGGUGGUACUAAUGAAAUGCCUGCUUCAAAUGGACAGCCUGUUCCGUCUUAUACCCAACCUUGGAGGCAGGAAACCAACUUACCUCAGCCACCUUCUCAGCAGCCUGCUGCAGCGGUGAGCGCCUCUAAUGAUGCUUACUGGAUGCAUCAAACACAAAAUCAGCAAGCUCAUUACCCCCUUCCUCCACAAAAUCAUUACCAAAGUCCUCUGGAGACGAAACCCUUACAUAAGACUCCCUUUCAGGGUCACCAGAGAGCUACAUAUCCUCAAGAAAUGAACUCACAGUCUUCCGUUCAUCAUGCACCCUUAGGCUAUCGCCAGCCUACUCAGACUACACCGUCAAUGGAUACUCAAAGGGUAAGCAAAGUACAGAUUCCAACUAACCCUAGAAUUGCUUCAAACUUGCCAUCAGGUUAUACCAAAAUAGAUAAAGGUAGUUCAGCAGCCGGUGCAAUCAAAACACCUGCAUAUGUUAGUGUUUCAAUGCCAAAGCCGAAAGGCCAUGCGACUGCAGUGCCUGAGCCUGGAACGUUGCCGAAAUCGCUUUGUGGGUUUGUCGAGAGAGCUUUUGCACGCUGCAAAGAUGACAAAGAAAAGGCAUCUUGCCAGGCUGCCUUGAAGAAGGUCAUCACCGAAGCUAGAGAUGAUGGCACACUCCAUACUAGGGAUUGGGAUACUGAGCCUCUCUCAACUGUCCUUAACACAGAUGUGACUAACACUGAGUCAAGCUCCACUCUUAUAUCUUCGUUUCAAAAUAAGAGCCCAACAAAACGACCCAAAAGUAGAUGGGAGCCGUUAGUGGAAAAACCAUUUGUCAAAGCAGCUCCAGCUUUUAGCAGUGGUGUUAAGUUUGGAGGUUGGAAUCAGCAAAAUCAAAAUAACAAAAAGAGCUUCGAGAGUUUUCAAAAGGCGGAUGCUGUCACUGACUCCAAGCCCAUUUACUCUUGGCAAAAUUCUGCAAAAAAGAGUUUCCAACGGCCUGUCAAGCGACAGCGUUUUUCUGGUGGUGCAGCUAAUCCCAUUGAUGAUGAGGCAUCUAGUGAUAGUGACAAGGAUUUGACACCCAGCGCCAUGUUAUUUGCUACUUCUGCUGAGGAGACGAAGCGGCGUGAUAGUCGUUCCAAGCGUUUUGAGAAAGUUCAAGGGCACAGCCGAAGGAAUGAUAUUCCUAAACCUAUGAAUGCGAAUAUUGGAAAUUUACAUUCUAGAAGAGGCACUGCAUUGAGACUUGGGGAAGAUUUUGAUGAAAAUGGCUGCAGAUCUGUGGAAGACAUGGAUUGGAAUGCACUAACUGUUAAAGGAACUUGCCAGGAAAUUGAGAAACGUUAUUUCCGUCUUACCUCUGCACCGGAUCCUUCCGCUGUAAGACCAGAGGAUGUGCUGGAAAAAGCUCUGUUAAUGGUUCAGGAUUCUCAAAAGAACUAUCUUUAUAAGUGUGAUCAGCUAAAAUCUAUUCGACAAGACCUCACAGUACAGCGGAUACACAAUCAUUUAACGGUGAAGGUCUAUGAAACACAUGCUAGAUUGGCUUUGGAAGCUGGGGAUUUACCUGAGUACAAUCAGUGCCUAUCACAGUUGAAAAUCCUUUAUGGUGAAGGUAUAGAUGGAUGCUCUCUGGAAUUUGCUGCUUACAGUCUGCUCUAUAUUACGUUACACUCUAACAACAACAGAGAACUGCUAUCAUCUAUGUCCAGAUUAUCCAAAGAAGCCAAGAAGGAUGAAGCAGUUAGACAUGCUCUCUCAGUUCGUGCAGCUGUUACAUCAGGAAAUUAUGUUAUGUUUUUCAGACUCUACAAGACUGCGCCAAACAUGAACAGCUUUCUCAUGGAUCUCUAUGUGGAGAAGAUGCGUUACAAGGCAGUGAAUUUUAUGUCUCGGAGUUGUCGUCCUACAAUCCCAGUUUCAUACUUAGCCCAAGUGUUGGGCUUUAGUUCUGGUGAAAAGGAGACCGAUGGUAUGGAGGUGUGUUCUGAGUGGCUAAAAGCCCAUGGUGCUAGCCUCAUAGCUGACAGUAACGGAGAUAUGCUUCUUGAUACCAAGGCGUCAACAACGAGUCUCUUCAUGCCAGAACCUGAAGAUGCAGUUGCUCAUGGCGAUAAAAAUCUUGAUGUCAAUGAUUUUUUUACUCGCACAUCAUAAAAAAAUAAUGUUUGUUCAUCACAUCUUUUGAACUUAAGGAGGACAAAGAAGGUAAUCGAAGUCUCUCUCUCGUAUCAUCAUCGUCUUUUGCAACAGUCCCAGACUCUCAGGUAUGACACACUUUAGGUUUAUAAUACUUCAUUCAUAGAUGUAGUAGAGAUUCAAAUGUGUGUGUAAUUGUUUUUGUGAAUAUGGAAACCCUUAUUUUUUUCUAAAUACUUUGGAAGGGAAUACAUAAUACACAUCUUUUACAUAUAUGGAAAAAACAUUUCACA